UUCCAGUCACUACACACACACUGCAUCUUUGAGAGCAAUGGAGAACCAGCAUACACGAUCUGUCCGUUCAAAUAGAUCGAAUCGAUUUCAGAGAAAUCGGAAAUCAAAUGGAACUGAUAAGCCAUGGAGCACAGCGAAGAAUGUUGAAAAAAGCUACGAUUUAGGUCCAUGUCCAUGGGAUGAUCAACAAGUAAAAGUGGUGUCUGGAGACGAAACAUGUCGAGCCGUAGUGACAGAACUACGAAAUCAUUGCAAGGAAUACAGUGUACUCGGGUUUAGUUGCACCGAACCGGGACGACGUAAAGGAAAGACUUCUUUGCUCAUGUUAUCAUCAAUUCAUGGACUUUGUGCUCUCUUCCCGUUGUCUGUCAUGAGAGGGCUGCCAAUCGAUCUGAAGGAACUUUUAGAAGACGAAAAUAUUCUGAAAGUCGGUGUUUAUGCAUCCGAGAUUGCGUUGAAUUUGACGGCCUACAAAGUAAUCACUUCAAGCGUAUUCGAUGUGCGAUACUUGCAACCAGAGAAAAAUCUCGUGAGAUCUACCGUUCUGGAAGAUCUGUCUGCCGAACAUUUGAACGUAAAAUUGAAGGGGAAAUCCCUUCUGGUCAAUCGUUUCUGGAAGCAUAGUGUACCUAACAACGAAAGUGUCGAUUGUGCUGCCAGAGCUGUGCGGGCAGCAAUUGAACUAUUCAAAACAUUCGAACAAAAAGAGAAAGAAAUUCAAAACGUAGCCAACACGCAGAAAAGUCUCCAGGAAUUUAUCAAAGCGAAAUGUCUACCUUUUCUGAAUGAAAGGUAUCAGUUUAGGAACGCGAGCGUAGUGCAAUAUUUGGAACCCCGUUCAGUUUUGCCUGCUCAGGAUAUUCAAGUUAUUAAAGACGCUUCCAAAUGCCGAGAAGUAUCGAAAAUAAUUCGGGAACAUUGCCAAGAGAACAAAUUACUCGGUCUAACCUGUCAAUAUUCCAAGAAAACUGUGACUUUACUGCAAUUAGCAACGUCUGAGGGACUUUGUGCACUGAUUCAGGUGAACCAAAUCAAAGAACAACCGAAUGAGCUGCAGGACAUUUUGAAUGACAAAGACAUAAUAAAAGUUGGUGUCCACACGUCUCGAGCUGUGCGUGCAUUGAGAGUCGAUUAUGCCAUCAAUGUGGUGAAUUCAUUCGAUCUACGAUAUUUGGCGAAUAAAUGUAAAAAUGUUACAGGAAAGGACGAUCUAGUUCGACUUGCAAAAAACUAUCUAAAUGUUGAUAUUGAGUCGAAUGAUUGGCGACUGUGGAUCACAGAUUGGAAAUCAGAAACAGUUUCAAGAGCUGCCAUCAAACGUGCUGCCAAUUUCGUUCAAGUCACAGUCGAGCUAUUCAAAUUUUUCGAAAAGAAACUCGUUGACGAAAGGUUGGCAGGUGAUCGUAAAAAAUUCGUUGACACAUUGUGUGCACCACAUUCGGAUGACGAUUAUCCGAAGCGUAAGAAAAACAAGAUUUUGGAUUGGUGUCAACUGCCAGAGCAAGAAAUCAUUGUGGUUACAACCAUUGAAGAGUGCGAAGCUGUUGUGGAACGUUUACGAAAACAUUGCAACGAAUAUUACGUUCUUGGCUUCGACUGUGAAUGGUCAUCAAAAGGUGGCAAAGUAGCGCUAUUACAAUUGGCCACACAUCGAGGACUAUGUGCCUUGAUACGAUUGUGCAGGCUUCGAACUAUUCCCGAUGUGCUCAAGAAACUUAUGAAGGACAAACAAAUUUUAAAAGUUGGCGUCGGUGCGGGCAGAGAUGCAACAAAAUUAUUUCGCGAAUAUUGCCUCGAAGUGAAGGGAACUUUCAAUUUGAUUCCUCUGGCGAAAAAGUGUAAAAUUCAAGCGAAAGGACUGGCAUCGCUAUCUGAAGAAGUGUUAAGCGUUAAACUGGAACACAAGGAAAAAGGUCGACUUCUGGGCAAAUUCCAUACGAAGUGGACAGUUGACGAAUUGGAUGCUGAUCACAUCAAAUAUGCCGCAGACGAUGCACACGUUGGCAUUGAAUUGUUCAAAAAAUUCCAUGCAAAAUUGAUGCCCUCCAAUGAAUCCGUCGAUCUAACGGAAAAUCUUGAUCGGUUCAUUACACUGCCUAUCUUUCACAAAAUAUUUUCUGGAUCUUCUUGAAAAUUCCCUUGAUUUUCUUUAUUUUCGUAAAAACGUUUUUCGAGAAAAUUUUACAAGAAAAUUCGCGGAAAAUUUGCAUAAAGUUAGGUAACAAGUGAUAUUGCAGGGAUCCGAUUAAGAAAUGAAAAAAAAAA